AUGGCCGAGAGAACACGCGACAAAGUCAGGACGGAUACAGACGUUUUUACAGAUGUGAACGAAGACUUCCAGUCAGACGAGGGGCGAUCGAAAAGUUCGGGUUUCUGUGGGGUUUUCCUCACGGCUCUGUCUUUCCUGCUCAUCCUUGUGACGUUCCCGGUGUCCAUAUGGGGCUGCAUGAAGAUCGUCAAGGAAUACGAGCGAGCAGUAAUUUUCCGUCUAGGGCGACUCCUUGGGGGAGCAAAGGGACCUGGUAUAUUUUGGAUUCUUCCAUGCGUGGACACAUUUCGCAAGGUUGAUCUGAGGACAGUAUCUUUCAACAUUCCUCCCCAGGAGGUGCUGACCAAAGACUCAGUAACUAUACUGGUAGACGGAGUCGUGUACUACAGAGUCUUUAACCCGACAAUGUCCAUAAUCAAAGUGGAGGAUGCUAAUCUGGCCACGCAGAUGCUCGCACAGACCACACUGAGGAACAUGCUGGGCACUAAGAGCCUGGCGGAUAUCUUACGUGAUCGAGAGGAGAUGGCAGAACAGAUGGAGGUGGUGCUCUACUCUGCCUCAAAAAACUGGGGAAUCAAAGUGGAGCGGGUGGAGCUAAAAGACGUCAAACUGCCGACUACACUACAGAGAGCCAUGGCCGCUGAGGCCGAGGCCACCAGAGAGGCCCGUGCCAAGGUGAUAGCUGCUGAGGGAGAGAUGAAGGCAUCAUGUGCUCUGAAGGAGGCCGCGAGCAUCAUGUCCGAAUCUCCGGCCGCUCUCCAGCUGCGCUACCUGCAGACGCUGUCCGAGAUCGCGACCGAGAGGAACUCCACUGUGGUCUUCCCCAUCCCCAUGGACAUCAUCUCCAGCUUCAUAAGGAAAUGA